AUGUUUGUUAAAAAACUUAGUGUAGAAACAGGUGUAUCAGAACCGGUUCUUCGAUUAUUACUUACAAUUUUAUUUGCUUAUCCUAUAUCUCUUAUAUAUAGAUUAACACUCGUUCGUCCUUUAAAAACAAAAUGGGCACCAUUUAUUCGUAAUCUUUAUGUUGUCAUUACUGGUCUUUGUCUUAAUUAUUUUUUCAAUGGACCUCACAUCAAACAUUCAUUAAUAACCACUUUUGUAACUUGGCUAUUCUGCUAUUUUGGAAAUAUUUUUGGGAACCGAGUUUUAUCCGCCAUUGCUUCCCUUCUUUUUAACAUGACUUAUCUCAUUGUGGGUUAUUACAUGACUGCGACUGGUGACUAUGACGUAACCUGGACUAUGCCACAAUGCGUUCUUUGCUUAAGAAUGAUAGGAUUCGCUAUGGAUUUCAUGGAUGGGGAAAAAUUAUUAAAGUCCAAACCACCUUUUAAUGCCAAGGAAAAGAUCACUAAUACUAACGAAAAGAGCAUUGAUACAAAGAAAGAUUUACAACAAACUGAUUCUUCAAUUAGUACGCGUCCACAGAGACAACCAAUCUCAUUCGAAAAGAAUGUUCAAAUAGCAACAUUACCACCUUUAAUUGAAACUAUUGGAUACGCUAAUUUCUUUGGUGCUUUCCUCAUUGGUCCACAAUUCUCUUUUCAUCUUUAUCGAAAAUUCAUUACUAUGUCAUUAUACCCUGAUCCUAUAAAUAUUCCUCGAGGGUCUUAUUGGUUUUCAUUGAAAAGUUUCUUACUUGGUGCGUUAUAUUUAGGUGUACAACAAGUUGGAUCUGGAUAUUUUCCACAAUCCUAUUUGUUGACUGCUGAAUAUGCUGCUAAACCUUUUAUUCAUAAAUUAAUAAUAAUGUGGUGGACUGGAAAAUUUAUUCUUUCAAAAUAUCUUGGAGUCUGGACAUUAACUGAAGGUGCAUGCAUUCUGUCAGGCAUUUCUUUUAAUGGUUACGACGAUAAUGGAAAUCCAGAAUGGAAUGGUUUAGCAAACGUUGAAAAGCUUUACAUAUUCAAACGACUUAUCUUUCUUGGGAACAAACAAUUAUCUUCCAUAAUAUCCUUAAUAUUCCUCGCUGUUUGGCAUGGUCUUCUUCCUGGUUACUAUAUUUGUUUUAGUUUGGAAUUUGUUGAUAUAGAAGCUGAAAAACGAUGGGCAAAAAGAUUCGAAAAAUAUACUAAACCAUUAUAUCUUCCUCAAAAUAAUUCUAAUUCUAAAAUUAUGUUUGGAAGAUAUUUACAUCAAUUUAUUGGUUGGUUGGGUCAAACUUGUGGAUUACAUUAUGCUAUCAUUUCAUUUGGUUUAUUGCAAUGGAAUUAUAUCGUUUCUGCUUAUAAUUCCGUAUAUUGGAUAGGUCAUUUGGUAGUUUUGGGUUUGUUGUUACUUGAUCUCAUCUUACCAAAACCAAAGGUUAAAAAAGUCGCUAAGGCCGAUAAAGAAACUAAUGGUACUACUAAGGUUGAUAAAAACAUUGAUAGGAUUAAUGGUUAUAUCAGAAAUGACGCGAAAAUCGAAAGAUAG